AUGAUUCUAUUCCCCAUCACCAGGGAGGAGAGCCAGCAGGUGGUGGAUGUUAUCCUGUCUCGUCGGGAGGAGUUUGCUGUGUUUGCUACCUAUAUCUCUGAGUAUGACCGCAGCAUGUCCCUACUGGCAGAGAGCUGCAAACUCAACCCUGCGUUCCAUUACAUCGUCAAGCAGUUUGAGGUAAGAGGCUAGACUUAGUUUGAGCUUAGCGACUACUUAUUAAGGUGGAAGUCCUCUAACUAAAAACUAAAUGUGAGUUUAGAGUCUGUAAACUAACCUCUGCAAAUGCAGGCUCAAAAGAAUCAGUCCUGAGGCCAUAGCUCCUGUACCUGCCAGUCUUGUGCAGGUUUCUCUAUGAGCAGAGGGAUUUACUAUAACAAUGUCUUUAUUCAGCCAGGAGUUCCCCAUUGCAUUUAUAUAGCAGCUUUAGUUUGUCAUCCAGACUCCACUGGGAGUCAAUGGCCUUUCCAAACUCCCUCUAUUCUGCUCUGCUGUCCUCUAUGGGACUGACCUUUUCAACGCGCUACUCUCAUGUUUUAUACCUUUCAAAGCCCGAACACAUAGCUUUUUGUACUGUGAAUCCCUUUAUCUUGGCUGUCAACAGAACGUAGGAAGUAGUAUCUGAGAGGAUGUCAUCAAGCUAUAUGCACGACUCCAUAGUAAGCAAAUUACUCCUCAGUUGAGUAGGGAGAUAUGUAAUCAAGGCCCCUAAUGAUGAUGAUAGGAACCAUUAACCACGGCAGAGGAUAUUAAACAUGCUCUCAGAUAAGACCAUUGGGAUGCAACAAUGGAUUUCUCAUUUCCACUCCAGGCAUGGUCUGGCCUAUAGAAUUGAUUCAGUGCUCAUAUAGUAGAAAUCUCUCACAUGCUCCAGGUCACCUAGCUUACCCUGUUAAGUCCUAUUGAUUGGUAAUGUUAGAGUUAGCAGUUUGACUUUUAGAAUGAUUGCUUAUCUUUGUGCAAGAAUAAUGCACUAUUUCUACAGUAAAUUGACCUAUGUGUUAUGAAGUAUUUCAAUGAAUUUACCACAUUAAAUUGAAUCACCUCAAGUUUCAUUAUAAAUAUGUUAAUUUUGGAAAUUAGUCUUGGCUCUACAUGCUACCAAGAUUCUACCCAAAACCGCCCACAGAUAUGCAUAACAUACUGUUUCUUGCAUAUUCAUGAGUUAGCGGUUCCUAGCCAUAUUUUGAUGCAUAGUGAUUGGUGGACGUAAUGAUUCUACGCAUCUCAAUGGUGAUUAGGAUCACAACCCGACAAGGAAGCAACUGUCUCAGCUCAUGAAUAUUCAGGAGCAGCUGCCCUCACCAGAGAUACUGUGGUUCCACAGGACUACGAUAGGACAGGCAAUGAGAGAGAGAGAGAGAGAGAGAGAGAGAGAGAGAGAGAGAGAGAGAGAGAGAGAGAGAGAGAGAGAGAGAGAGCGGGGCAAGUUAGCUACAGCAGGAAAAUAAUCCUGCAGCAACAGGAAAUGUGGAAAUAGUGCAUGGAUUAUAAUUAAUGGACACUUUUGUAGGGGUUAAUAUUUUUUGUAUGGAAAAAUCUAGUCAAAGUUUCAAAUUGGAAAUUACAAACUUCAGAAGCCUUUUCAAACCUCAAAUACACUACACGUUUUAAAAUGUCUGCAUUGCAGGAAAGAUGUCCUGCAACAUGGUGAUCAAAUUAAGAUCUUACAUCUGUAGAUAAAAUCGAAUUUUCAGUAAAUGCAUGACAGAAACAAGCAGAAAGCAAAUCUAGGAUUUUAUGCUCAAAUAUGAACACUUUGGGGAAUAUUCUGAAUAUGAAUGUUAUUCCUAGUUAAAAGCUUUUACUAGAAAUAACACCCCCUCGGCCUGGCUGUGUAGUGGUUACAUCAGAGACAGUAAGAGGUGACAGAGGUGUGAUGGAUGCUGUGUGUUGUGAGAGGACUGCCAGGUGACUCCUUCUGUGUGACCUCCCUGUAAUGAGACACAAAGGGCUCUCUGGGACAGUAGUAGGGACCCAGAUCACAGCCAGAGUCACAGACACAUAGCUGAGAGAGACAGUAGGCCUAUUUUAUCUUGCUAUUUAUCCUGCUAUGGCAGUUUAUCCAAUGAUCAAUGCAGGAAGUGGUUGUUAUUAUGCCAGAUGACUAAGUAGAUGAUUUGUGUAUACUUUAUAUCUCUUCAUUAUACAUUUUUUUUUUCUGGGGUUAAUUUUGAAAGCUUGAAGGAGUUUGUCCUUCAUAUAUUGUCCUCUGCCCUCUCUCACACUCUCUCUCUCUCUCUCUCUCUCUCUCUCUCUCUCUCUCUCUCUCUCUCUCUCUCUCUCUGUCUCUCUGUCUCUCUGUCUCUCUCUCGCUCUCUCUCUCUCUCUCUCUCUCUCUCUCUCUCUCUCUCUCUCUCUCUCCUCUCUCUCUCUCUCUCUCUCUCUCUCUCUCUCUCUCUCUCUCUGUCUCUCUGUCUCUCUGUCUCUCUCUCGCUCUCUCUCUGUCUCUCUGUCUGUGUACUAGUGAGGGAAGUGGACAGUUAAGCUCUUUAAGCAUUGGUCCAGCAGUGUUGUGGGGUGUAAUUUCAUUGUGGAUGUGGUGAUGACAGUGAUGAAGUAGCUAUGGUCUGUGAUCAGAUCACCAUAGGAACUUACAGGAUUAGCCCAUCUUCAGUCAAUUUGUUGUUUACUGUGCUGCUAUAUACAGCGGCCAAUGGUGUGUGUGUGUGUGUAUGUGUGUGUGUGUGUUUUUAUAAUAUUAUAUUGAACGCUUGUGUGUUUGUGCCUAGGUGUUUGUGUUCCCUUGAGAAGGAAACACAGAAGGAAGCAAGUGUGUGUGUGUGUGUGUGUGUGUGUGUGUGUGUGUGUGUGUGUGUGUGUGUGUGUGUGUGUGUGUGUGUGUGUGUGUGAGAUGCAGCAGGUGCACAGAGAGAGAUAAAGACUGUGUGAUGGUGUGAAAUCCCAGUAUAGGCAGCUGGGCAAUGAGGCAGACACAAGCUAAUUAGAGAUGCAGCCUCCUUUACAACUCCCCAAUUAGAUCAGCUGUGUGUGCAGCCAGUGAAUCAGCUGGCCGUGUGUGUUUGUGUGUGUGUGCGCGCUGGCAUGUGAACUGCAGACAUCGCCUCUCUUUGGCUCACUGACCCAAACAACUACGCGGUAGUUAUCGUAUUUGGCUCACCACAGAAGCCACUUCCGCCAUUCAAUUGGAUCAAAAUGUAUAUGAACAAGCGACACUUGAGGAGCUGGUGUUCUGUCAGUGAGAGGUUUUAAUGAUGGGAUGUUGUUAUUGAACAGGGAGGGGAACAUUUUAAGGGUAAUCCAAAGAGAAAGGAAACACAACUGAGCUAAUGUAUUGUAGUAUUUUAUUGGGACACUCUUCCUGGGGUCCGAACAGAUUUUUUAAAUAUUUGUUUUAUACAUAAUAUGCAUAAUGUAAUAUACAUAAUGUACAUAACACUACAUAAAAUACAUAACACUACAUAAUACUACAUAAUACUGUAUAAUACUACAUAAUCUCCUGCUUCUGCCUCAUGCUUCAGAAACAGUAGAUGGCUCCUGCCCUAUGAGCCGUUCCGGUUCGCACGAGCCAAGGCUCGUGCAAGGCCACCCACCUACAUAAUAAAAUACAAAAUCUUUUUUUUUUUUUUAAUUUUUUUUUUUAAUUUUUUUUUUAUAUUUUUUUUUUUUAGUCAUUUAGCAGACGCUCUUAUCCAGAGCGACUUACAGUUAGUGAAUACAUAUUUUUUUAUACUGGCCCCCCGUGGGAAUCGAACCCACAACCCUGGCGUUGCAAACACCAUGCUCUAUCAACUGAGCUACAUCCCUGCCGGCCAUUCCCUCCCCUACCCUGGACGACGCUGGGCCAAUUGUGCGCCGCCCAUGAGUCUCCCGGUCGCGGCCGGCUGCGACAGAGCCUGGAUUCGAACCAGGAUCUCUAGUGGCACAGUUAGCACUGCGAUGCAGUGCCUUAGACCACUGCGCCACUCAGGAGACGUCAAAAUAUCAAAAUGUCUGUGUCUCUUGACAGUCCUCGUUGUGCCGUAAGGUGUUCUUUUAUCUGGUUUUGUCACACCCUGGCUCUGGGACUCUAUAUGUUGAGCCAGGGUGUGUUCAUUCUGUGUGUUCAUUUUCUAUGUUGGGUAUUCUAGUUUGUUUGAUUCUAUGUUUGACGAUGUGACUCCCAAUCAGAGGCAACGAGUGUCAGCUGUUUGCUGGUUGUCUCUGAUUGGGAGCCAUAUUUAAACUGUAUGUUUUCCCUUGGGGGUUGUGGGUUUUUGUUCCUUAUUCGGUCAGUGUAACCGUGGACUUCACGAGUCGUGUUUUGUUUGUAUUUAGUACUUUAAUUAAAUAAAGUCAUGUUCGUUUCACACGCUGCGCCUUGGUCUACUCUCCUUUACGACGAUCGUGACAGAAAAACCCACCGUACAAGGACCAAGCAGCGUGUCCAGGAGCAGGCAGCCUGGUCAUGGGAGGAAGCGCCAGGAAAGGAGAUGGAGAGGCUGGCGAUGGCCCAGGUGGGCAAAGUGUGGUCCUGGGAGGACAUGCUCGGGGGCAAGGGACCUUGGGGUAGGAUCAAGGCCCUGGCGAGAGAGGAGCAGCGGCGUCAGCAGUGCCAUCGUCGGACGGACGAGAGGCACCCCCAAGAAUUUUUUAGGGGGGGGCACACGGCAUGGGCGACUGGGCAGCAGGAGGCUGCCACAGGGCGAAAUAGGAGAAGAGGAGAGAAGGCCACCGGGUUACGGGAGCCAUUGGCGAGAGGAGGGAAGGAAGUCGUAGAGGCACGGCGAGAGGGACUGAGGUGUAUUGCCAGUCCGGUCCAGCCCGUUCCUGAUCCCCGUUUUAAAGCCAGUGGUGUGUGUUCCCAGUACGGUCCGGCCUGUCCCUGCUCCACGCACCAAACCUACGGUGUGCGUCGCCAGCCCUGCCCGGCCUGUUCCUGCUCCACGCACCAAACCUACGGUGUGCGUCGCCAGCCCAGCCCGGCCUGUCCCUGCUCCACGCACCAAACCUACGGUGUGCGUCGACAGCCCAGCCCGGCCUGUCCCUGCUCCACGCACCAAACCUACGGUGUGCGUCGCCAGCCCAGCCCGGCCUGUCCCUGCUCCACGCACCAAGCCUACGGUGUGCGUCGACAGCCCUGCCCGGCCUGUUCCUGCUCCACGCACCAAACCUACGGUGUGCGUCGCCAGCCCAGCCCGGCCUGUCCCUGCUCCACGCACCAAGCCUACGGUGUGCGUCGACAGUCCUGUCCGGCCUGUCCCUGCUCCACGCACCAAGCCUACGGUGUGCGUCGACAGCCCAGCCCGGCCUGUCCCUGCUCCACGCACCAAGCCUACGGUGUGCGUCGUCAGCCUGGUCCAGCCCGUUCCUGCCACUCGCACCAAGCCAGGGGUGCGAGUCGUCAGCCUGGUCCAGCCCGUUCCUGCCACUCGCACCAAGCCAGGGGUGCGAGUCGUCAGCCUGGUUCAGCCCGUUCCUGCUACUCGCACCAAGCCCGGGGGGCGAGUCGUCAGCCUGGUAAGACCGGUCAGCUGCUCCACAACGGAGCGUAAGCAAUCCGCUCCGUCAAUGUCCAGUCCAGAUCCAGCCAGCGGGGUCAGACCGGACCAGGGGCGCUACGGGGGAAUUAUGGAGGGGUGGUGGUCAAGGCCGGAGCCGGAGCCGCCUCCGAGGAGGAAUGCCCACCCAGCCCUCCCCUGUUUGGGGUUUUGUUGAGGCGCGGUCGCAGUCCACGCCUUUAGGGGGAGGUACUGUCACACCCUGGCUCUGGGACUCUAUAUGUUGAGCCAGGGUGUGUUCAUUCUGUGUGUUCAUUUUCUAUGUUGGGUAUUCUAGUUUGUUUGAUUCUAUGUUUGACGAUGUGACUCCCAAUCAGAGGCAACGAGUGUCAGCUGUUUGCUGGUUGUCUCUGAUUGGGAGCCAUAUUUAAACUGUAUGUUUUCCCUUGGGGGUUGUGGGUUUUUGUUCCUUAUUCGGUCAGUGUAACCGUGGACUUCACGAGUCGUGUUUUGUUUGUAUUUAGUACUUUAAUUAAAUAAAGUCAUGUUCGUUUCACACGCUGCGCCUUGGUCUACUCUCCUUUACGACGAUCGUGACAGGUUUUUAAUCUGGUUUUAUUGCUAGCUUGAGUUACCUGGGAUGGCUGAGAGUUCCAUGUAGUCAUGGCUCUAUUUAAUACUGUGUAUUUCCCAGCCUCUGUUCUGGACCUGGGGACUGUGAAGAGACCGCUAAUUGCAUGUCUUGUGUUGUACCGAUGAGUGUCCGAACUGUGUGCCAACUGCUUGAACAGAUUGUUUGGUACCUUCAACACAUCAACACCUCGCACAAAGACCGAUAGUGACGCAGUCAAGGUCUCCUCAACUUUGUGCCAAGAGAGAUUGACAUGCACAUUAUUGGCAUCCACCCUCCGUGUACUAAGUGCAAUACAUGCUGCUCUGUUCUGGACUAACUGCAAUUUACCAAUGUUCCUCUUUGCCGCACAUGACCAGUAUUUAUUUUAUUGUCGUAGCCGAUGUGUAUACUGUUGAGUCGUCAGCGUACAUAGACAUACAGGCAUUAUUCAAGGUCAGUGGAAGGUCAUUAGUAAAAACAGAAAACAAUAAUGGCCCUAGCUGGCUUCCCUGCAGUACACCACACUCAACUGAAUUUGCAUUAGAGAGGCUUCCAUUAAAGAAAACCCUCUGUGUUCUAUUAGAUAGGUAACUCUCAAUCUAUGAUAAGGCAGAGAAUGAAAAUCCAUAACACCUACGUUUUUUCAGCAAUAUGUUAUGAUCAAAGCUAUCAAAAGCUGCACUGAAAUCUAUCAAAAAAGCUCCCACAAUCUUCUUACUAUCAAUUUCUUUCAGCCAAUCAUCAGUCAUUUGUGUCAGUGCCGAGCAUGUUGAGUGCCCUUCCCUAUAAGCAUGCUGAAAGUCUGUUGUUAAUUUGUUUUCUGUAAAAUAUCUUUGUAUUUGGUCAAACACCAUUUUUUCCAAAGGUUUGCUAAGCGCGGGUGACAGGCUGAUUGGUCAGCUGUUUGAACCAUUAAAGAGUGCUCUGCUAUUCUUGGGCAGCGGAAUUACCUUUGCCUCCCUCCAGACCUGAGGGCACACACCGUCUUCUAGGCUUAAAUUGAAGAUGUGGAAAACAGGAGUCACAAUGUGUUCUGCUACUAACCUCAGCAGUGUACCAUCCAGUUUGUCAGUACCAGGUGGCUUGUCCUUAUUUAUAGAUAGCAAUCAUUUUUUCAGCGCUUCCACACCCACUUUGCGGAACUCAAAACUACAGUGCUUGUCUUUCAUUAUUUGGUCCGUUAUGCAUGAAUAUGAAGGCUCAGCGUUUGUUGUUUGCAUGUCAUGCCUAAGUAUGCUAAUCUUGAAAACAAAAAAGUUAUUAAUGUGGUUGGCAAUAUCAAAGGGUUUUGUUAUGAACAAGCCAUCUGCCUCAACGAAGGAUGGAGCAGAGUUCGUUUUUUUGCAUUCAAUUUCAUUUAAAGUACUCCAGAGCUUUUUACUAUCAUUCUUUAUAUAUUUAUCUUUGUUCCAUAGUGUAAUUUCUUCUUAUUUUUGUUUAGUUUAGUUUCAAUUUACUGUAUGUUUGCCAGUCUGCUGUGUUGUCGGAAUUAUUUGCUAUUCCCUUUGCCUCAUCCCUCUCAGCCAUACAGUUUUUCAAUUCAUCUAUCCAUGGGUGUUUUGCAGUUCUAACAGUCCGUUUCUUAAUGGGUGCAUGCCUAUCAGUAACCGUAAUAAGCAGUUUCAUAAAUGCUUCAAGUACUGCGUCAGGUUGUUCCUCAUUAAACACAUCAGAUCAACAAAUAUUCGACAUAGGUAUUAUUGCAAAACCUCUUGUAUGAUCGCUUAUACACAAUUUUAGGUCCAGUCUUUGGAACUUUGGUUUUUCUAGAUAUUAUAUUAUGAUCAAUACAUCCAAUGGAUUUGGAUAAUGCUUUAGAGCAGAUUUCUGCAGCGUUAGUAAAGAUGUGAUCAAUACAUGUGGAUGAUUUAGUUCCUGUUCUGUUUGGAAAUACCCUGGUAGGUUGACUGAUAACCUGAACCAGAUUGCAGGCAUCAGUUACAGCUUAAAGCAUAUUUUUUAGUGGACAGCUUGAUGAUAAUCAGUAAAUAUUUAGGUUACCCAGAAAAUAUAUCUCUCUGUUGAUAUCACAAACAUUAUCGAGCAUUUCACACAUGUAGUCCAAAUACUGACUUUUAGCACUCAGUGGUGUAUAGCAACUUCCUAUGAGAAUAGGCUUUAGGUGAGGCAGAUGAACCUGUAGCCAUAUUACUUCUACAUCAUCUGAUAUGAGAUCCUCUCUCAGCCUACAGUGAGGGAAAAAAGUAUUUGAUCCCCUGCUGAUUUUGUACGUUUGCCCACUGACAAAGAAAUGAUCAGUCUAUAAUUUUAAUGGUAGGUUUAUUUGAACAGUGAGAGACAGAAUAACAACAUCAAAAUCCAGAAAAACGCAUGUCAAAAAUGUUAUAAAUUGAUUUGCAUUUUAAUGAGGGAAAUAAGUAUUUGACCCCCUCUCAAUCAGAAAGAUUUCUGGCUCCCAGGUGUCUUUUAUACAGGUAACGAGCUGAGAUUAGGAGCACACUCUUAAAUGGAGUGCUCCUAAUCUCAGCUUGUUACCUGUAUAAAAGACACCUGUCCACAGAAGCAAUCAAUCAAUCAGAUUCUAAACUCUCCACCAUGGCCAAGACCAAAGAGCUCUCCAAGGAUGUCAGGGACAAGAUUGUAGACCUACACAAGGCUGGAAUGGGCUACAAGACCAUCGCCAAGCAGCUUGGUGAGAAGGUGACAACAAUUGGUGCGAUUAUUCGUAAAUGGAAGAAACACAAAAGACCUGUCAAUCUCCCUCGGCCUGGGGCUCCAUGCAAGAUCUCACCUCGUGGAGUUGCAAUGAUCAUGAGAACGGUGAGGAAUCAGCCCAGAACUACACGGGAGGAUCUUGUCAAUGAUCUCAAGGCAGAUGGGACCAUAGUCACCAAGAAAACAAUUGGUAACACACUACGCCGUGAAGGACUGAAAUCCUGCAGCGCCCGCAAGGUACCCCUGCUCAAGAAAGCACAUAUACAUGCCCGUCUGAAGUUUGCCAAUGAACAUCUGAAUGAUUCAGAGGAGAACUGGGUGAAAGUGUUGUGGUCAGAUGAGACCAAAAUGGAGCUCUUUGGCAUCAACUCAACUUGCCGUCUUUGGAGGAGGAGGAAUGCUGCCUAUGACCCCAAGAACACCAUCCCCAACGUCAAACAUGGAGGUGGAAACAUUAUGCUUUGGGGGUGUUUUUCUGCUAAGGGGACAGGACAACUUCACCGCAUCAAAGGGACAAUGGACGGGGCCAUGUACCAUCAAAUCUUGGGUGAGAACCUCCUUCCCUCAGCCAGGGCAUUGAGGAUCGUGGAUGGGUAUUCCAGCAUGACAAUGACCCAAAACACACGGCCAAGGCAACAAAGGAGUGGCUCAAGAAGUAGCACAUUAAGGUCCUGGAGUGGCCUAGCCAGACUCCAGACCUUAAUCCCAUAGAAAAUCUGUGGAGGGAGCUGAAGGUUCGAGUUCCAAACGUCAGCCUCGAAACCUUAAUGACUUGGAGAAGAUCUGCAAAGAGGAGUGGGACAAAAUCCCUCCUGAGAUGUGUGCAAACCUGGUGGCCAAAUACAAGAAACAUCUGACCUCUGUGAUUGCCAACAAGGGUUUUGCCACCAAGUACUAAGUCAUGUUUUGCAGAGGGGUCAAAUACUUAUUUCCCUCAUUAAAAUGCAAAUCAAUUUAUAACAUUUUUGACAUGCGUUUUUCUGGAUUUUUGUUGUUGUUAUUCUGUCUCUCACUGUUCAAAUAAACCUACCAUUAAAAUUAUAGACUGAUCAUGUCUUUGUCAGUGGGCAAACAUACAAAAUCAGCAGUGGAUCAAAUACUUUUUUCCCUCACUGUAACAGGAAUCUGACACUGGACACACACACCUCCUCCAUUUCCAUUUCUAUCUUUCCUAUAUAUUCUAUAACUAUGUACAUGUAUAGCUACUACUGCAUCAUCCAAGGAAUUAUCUAAAUGUGUUUCAGAGAUUGCCAGAAUAUCAAUGUUUUCGGAUGUCUACAUAUGUUAAUAUGGGUUAUUUUUAUUCCUUUUCUGGGUUGCUUGUUUUUUUUUUGUGCUUUUCUGAGAGGCUGAUCCGAGGUAGACAUGUCAGUAACAUUUACAUUUGAGCCAAUGGCACUGAGUUGGCUGCCCACAUUGGGCUUCUUCCUAAGGCCAACAGUUUCAAUGCAAGUCAGUGGAAUUCAAUUCUAUGGGCAUAUGAUUAUUGCUGACAAUACCCUCAGUGCUAAUAGUUAAAGGAUCAUAGAUUAGGUUGCUUACAUUGACUACAGUUAUAUUUUUCUGGGAUAUAAUACAAUUUCCAUGUCCUCUGUUGCUUAUUAUGACAGGGAGGACUGGAGCCCUACCAAACCCAGACCGUCAGUCUCUUAAGCAGUUUGCUAUGUUGAUAGAGAUAAUGCUGUAAAGUGCCUUUAGAGAGAGGGAGUGGAAUAAAAGAGAGGGAGCGAAAGAUAGAAAGAGAGAAAGAUAAUUUAGCUGAUUGGGGGGGGGGGGGGGGUUGACACUAGAAUCCUGGUUCCAAAUCGUUGCUCUAUUUUUACUCUGGCUCUUCAAGGCUCCAUCUCUGAUCAUGAAGACAAAGGUGUGUGUUGCCUCUUAAUUCUCCCCUUUACACAGUAAGCAAUAUUAUCUCACCAGCCCUGUGUAUGUGCGUGCAUGUGUGUGUUCCACAGAUACCCAGUGUAAAUUAAGGGAUGGUUGUCUCAGUCCCGUGGGGUGUUAUCUCUCCCUCUCUAAUGACGAAUGAGGCUCUAUUGGAUUAGGAGGAUCCUCAGUCAGUGCUGAUGUGUGUACCUGCUCUCCCGCCACACUCUUAGAAAAAAGGUGCUAUCUAGCUGUCCCCAUACAAGAACCCUUUGAAGAACCCUUUUUGGUUCCAGGAAGAACCCUUUACACAAAGGAUUCUACAUGGAACCCAAAGGAGUUUUAUCUGGAACUAAAAGGGUUAUUUCUACCUGGAACCAAAAAUGGUUAUCCUAUGGGGACAGCCGAAGAACCCUUUUGGAACCCUUUUUUCUAAGAGUGCACUGCUCUGGGCCCUCUGUAUUAUAGACCCUCUCUGGGACUGGGAAUACAUAUCUGUCAGACACAAUUAGCCCCUGAUGGAUUUUUUUGAUCUUUCUCUUAUUGUCUUUUUCUCCCUUCUCCCCUUAAGUAAUUCCAUAGGGCAGAAGAAUAGGGUCGAUUCAGGGUUCAGGGUUCAGAGGUCAGGUUGGUGGUCAAUCGUUCUGGCAUGGUUAUAUAAGCAUUCCCUUUGUCAUCUAUGACAUUUGAACUGAGGUCACUUAGGUAGAGUAGUGUGUGUGUGUGCAUUGUAUUAUCUAUGUGCGUGUGUGAGGUUGUGUGUUCAUGUCUGUGCGCAAUGCAUGUGUGUAUGUUCCGCAGUUAAGCAUGUGAGCGUGUAUUAACCUGACAAUGUGUUUAUGUGUUCAGAAGCAGGGCCCAGAAGGAGCUCAGGUCCCACUGAGGCAUCAGCUGCUGCAGGUCAUUGUGAGAGUCCUCCAGUAUCGCAUGCUGCUCACAGGUACCCUACACUCACCUCAUUAUUGUCACGUUGUAUAAUGAUAGAAGACACACGCAAGAAUACGUAAUAGGAUUUUUUAUUGCUCUACCCAACAUAAGGUACGUCAUGAAAAACUACGGGGAAGAAGCCCAAAACAAACAUGUAUAUAUAUAUAUAACACAGGGAUGUAACCCAAAAAAAAGAGCGAGGUGUAAACCUCUAAAUAAUACACGGGACGAGACCCAUAAUAACAAGUGCACAAUUAUAUGGUAUGUAAACCGUAAUACAAUAUACAGUAACACGUAGCACGAAAGCCAAUACAACAGAGCACAGGUACUCACGAGACCAACGGACAUGGGACAAUAAUCGACAAGGACAAUGGGGAACAGUGGGCACAUAUAUACACAAACUAAUCAGGUGGAAUGGUAACCAGGUGUGCGUAAUGAGACAAGACAUUCCAGGGUUGGUGGUAAUGAUCCAGGUCAGUGACGCCUAGAAGGCCAGUGACGUAGACCUCCGGAGCUGGUGAAUGGAAUGAGCAGCAGUACCGGAGGGAUCCGUGACAGUUCCCCGGCCUCAGGGAUGACCAUAGGAACGCGGUGCGGGUCGGUCAGGGCGCCGACAGUGAAAAUCCCUGGUUAGCGAAGCAUCCAGGAUGUCCACCGCAGGAACCCAGCACCGCUCCUCCGGGCCGUACCCCUCCCAGUCGAUGAGGUACUGGAGACGCCCUUGCCCGACGCCUCGAAUCCAGGACUUCACGAACCGAGUACGCCGGACCUCCCUUGAUGUCCAGAGGAGGAGGCGGAGUGUCACUGGGUCCAGCCUCAGCGAGGGGACCAGGCACCAUUGGCCUGAGGAGAGACACAUGAAAAGUUGGGUUAAUGCGGUAAUCAGCAGGGAGUUGCAAAUGGUACGUUACCUCAUUAACCCUCCUCAGGACUUUAAACGGCCCCACAAACCGCGGGCUCAGCUUCCGGCAGGGCAAGCAGAGGGGCAGGUUCCGGGUGGAGAGCCAGACCCGGUCGCCUGGAGAGAAAACAGGCGCCUCACUGCGGUGGAGGUCGGCCUGUUCCUUGUGCCGACGCACGGCCCGCUGGAGACGAGUGUGCGCAGCGUUCCAGAUCUCCUCAGAGCGCCAAAACCACUCGUCCACCGCAGAGACCUUAGUCUGGCUCGGAUGCCAAGGUGCCAGGGCCGGCUGAUACCCCAACACGCACUGGAAAGGAGUGAGGUUAGUGGAGGAGUGCCGGAGGGAAUUCUGCGCGUACUCAGCCCAAGGUAGAAAAUCCGCCCACUUCCCCAGCCGGUCAUGACAGUAACACCUCAAGAACUUGCCCACUUCCUGAUUGACCCUCUCCCCCAGCCCAUUAGCUUGAGGACGGUCCCCAGAGGUGAGAUUGAUCGUGACCCCCAGGUGUUCCAUGAAUGCUUUCCAUACGCGUGAGGUGAACUGAGGGCCACGGUCUGACACAAUGCCCUCCGGGAUCCUGUAGUGUUGGAAGAUGUGCGUAAAAAGAGCCUACGCGGUUUGCAUGGCUGACGAGAGCCCAGGCAGAGGAAGGAGGCAACAAGCCACAAUGACGAGAACGGUGGUGUUCCCCUAGGAGGGGGGAAGGUCAGUGACAAAGUCCACUGAGAGGUGAGACCAGGGUCGUUGUGGAACCGGCAGGGGAAGGAGCUUUCCAUAAAGGAGGUGUCUGGGUGUCUUUGACUGGGCACAGAUGGAGCAGGAAGAGACGUAAACCCGGACGUCCCUAGCCAAGGUGGGCCACCAGUACUUCUCAGUCAGGCAGGCGAUGAUACGGCCUAUCCCAGGAUGACCCGACACCGGCGCCGUGUGCGCCCAGGAAAGGAGGUGGUCCCGCACACCCGUGGGCACGUAGGCGCGGUUCUCCUGGCACUGUGCAGGUGCGGGUUCCAUACGCAGGGCCUUCCGUAUGUGGACGUCCACGUCCCACACCACUGCCGUGAUGAUACGGAACGGAAGGAUGAUGGGGGUCUCCUCUCCCUGCCUCUCCUCUGCGUCAUAGAGGUGAGACAGGGCAUCCACCUUCACGUUCUUCGAGCCUGGCCUAUAGGAAAGCGUUAAUUGGAACCUGGCGAAGAAUAGAGCCCACCUGGCCUGUCUCGGGUUUAGCCUCUUUGCUGCCCUGAUGUACUCCAGGUUGCGGUGGUCCGUCCACACCAGGAAAGGGUGUUGGACCAGGAAAGGGUGUUUGGACCCCUCCAGCCAGUGCCUCCACGCCUUUAGAGCCUUCUUGACCACCAAGAGUUCCUGGUCCCCUACGUCGUAGUUCCUCUGGGCGGGGCUCAGCUGCUUGGAAUUGAAGGCACAGGGCCGCAAUUUUGGAGGGGUUCCGGUGCGCUGGGACAGCACUGCCCCGACUCCUACUUCGGAGGCAUCCACCUCGUCGAUGAAGGGGAGUGAGGGGUCGGGAUGUGCCAGCACGGGAGCAGUGGUGAAGCGUGCCUUCAGUGUCUCGAACGCCCUCUCCGCCUCCACCAUCCAACGAAGCCGCUGGGGACCUCCUCUCAGCAGGCAGGUAAGAGGUGCUACCACCGUGCUGAAGCACCGGAUGAACCUCCAGAAAUAGUUGGCGAACUCCAGGAAUCACUGGACUGCUUUCACGGAGUUGGGGAUGGGCCAUGACCUGACUGCACUGACGCGUUGCUCCUCCAUCUCCACUCCCUCCGUGGAAAUGAGGUAGCCCAAAAAGGACAUGGACCGCUGGAAAAACAUUUUUCUUGUUUAACAUAUAGAUUAUGCUCCAACAGUCUUCCCAGCACAGACCUGACUAACGAGACAUGCUGGGCAUGGCCAGCAGAAUAUACCAAAAUGUCACCUAUAUAAACCACUACACCCUGUCCCAGCAUGUCCCGAAACACUUCGUUAAUUUUUUUUAAUUUUUUUUUUAUUUAUUUCACCUUUAUUUAACCAGGUAAGCCAGUUGAGAACAAGUUCUCAUUUACAACUGCGACCUGGCCAAGAUAAAGCAAAGCAGUGCGAUAAAAACAACAACACAGAGUUACAUAUGGGGUAAAACAAAACAUAAAGUCAAAAAUACAACAGAAAAUAUAUAUACAGGCCUGGAAGACUAAAGGAGCAUUAGACAGGCCAAAGGGCAUUACGAGUAUGCCCUUUGGUGGUCGUGGAAAAGGCUGCUUUCCAUUCGUCGCCUGCACGAAUGCGCACCAGAUUGUAGGCACUCCUCAAGUCCAGUUUCGUGAAGUACUGCGCCCUGUGCAUUUGUUCGACGAUGGUUGGGAUGAGGGGUAAAGAAUAGCUGAACUUAACGGUAGCUUUAUUCAGUGUUCGAUAAUCAAUGCAGGGGCGCAGUCCCCCAUCUUUCUUCUUAACAAAAAAUAAACUAGAGGAGGCUGGUGACGUAGAGGGGCGGAUAAAACCCUGUAGGAGGCUCUCCAGUACGUAGGUCUCCAUGGCCUCGGUCUCCGCGUAGGAGAGGGGAUAGAUAUGUCCUCUCUGGAGGGCUGCGUCAGACAGCAGGUCAAUGGCACAGUCCCAGGGGCGAUGAGGAGGCAGGCGUGUAGCCGGGGUCUUAGAGAAAACCCGGUGCAGAUCCUGGUAUUCCUCCGGUAAAUCCACUUGAGUGACGUGGACCGGACUUUCCACCGUAGUGGUGUUGACAGACACUGCGAGACACCUCCCCUGACACUCCUGCGACCAACCCAGCAGUCUCCUCUCGGGCCAGGAAAUAACAGGGUUAUGCCAACUCAACCAGGGGAGACCUAAAACAAUGGGGUGUGUGGGGGUGUCUAUAAUCAAAAAGGUGAUCUGUUCUAAAUGAGUGUCAUGGGUCAGCAGAGAAACGGGAACAGUGAUGUGAUGUACGAGCCCUGUCUCUAUUGGACGAUUAUCCAGGGCUCGAACCAGAAUGGGUGACUGUAGGUGAACCAAAGGAAUGCGUAAUGCAGUGGCCAGUGCGCUAUCUAAAAGAUUCCCGGCAGCUCCGGAAUCAAUCAGAGCUAACGGGAGUGAGGGGCUAGGGUAUUCAGGAUUUAAUGGAAAAACACACUGGUUGAGUUGACAGAAAAGGUGAAGAGAUCUUGCAUCCUACCUGGGUUGGAGCAGGGGAAUUCCCUGGCUUGUCACGUCCUCGCCUAUUAGUGGAUAGAGGGCAGGUCGGGGAGAAAUGACCCCUUUCUCCACAAUAGGAGCAGAGGCCCAGAUUCCUCCUUCUCCUAUGCUCUGCCUCGUGCAAACGUGCAGAGCCCACCUCCAUCGGCUCUGGCCACGGAGCAGGUGUAGCCAUGGGCUCCGGAUUCCGCGCAGGUCUUCAUCGGGACCGCAGGAGGUUGUCCAACCGGAUCGCCAUGCUGAUGAGCUGGUCGAGUGACAGGUUGUCAUCACGGCAGGCUAACUCCAUCUGUACCUCCUCCUGCAGUCCGCUGAGGAAAACGGUGACCAGAGCCGACUCCUUCCAUCCGGUGGAGGCCGCGAUGGUCCGGAACUCCAGGGCGAACUCCGAGGCGGUCCUAGAUCCCUGGCGUAGUCAGAGUAGACACUCACCCCCCUCUCAGCCCUCCACAGGAUGAUCAAACAACGAGCGGAAGAAGAGGGUGAAGCGUUCAUAGGACUCGACCUCAGGUCCGCCCAUUUCCCAGACCGCAGCACCCCAGUCCAGUGCCCGUCCGGUCAGAGCCGAGAUGACUGUGGCAACCCUGUCUCUCCCGGAGACUUCCUCCGCGUAGCGAGCGAGGUACAGGUCGCAUUGCAGAAGGAAUCCUUUGCAUCUCGCUGGCGCGCCGUCAAUGCGCUCCGGGAGGGACAGGGGUAUUCCGCGGACCGGCUCAGAUGGGACGGAGGCAGGUAGUGGUGGUGUGGGGGCUGGUGCCGGAACCGGUGCUGGAGACUGGAGCGACUGCACAUUCCCUUCCAAAUGCAGGAUGGUUGCCAGCACGCUGUCCAUGGCGCUGCCGAGUCUGUAGAGAGUCCUCAUGAUGCUGGACUGUCUCUACGAUGGUCGCCAGCUCUGCCUUUCCCGCUGUCUCCUUUUAGGUGGGUCGAUUAUUCUGUCAUGUUGUAUAAUGAUAGAAGACAGGAGCAGGAAUACGUAAUAGGGUUUUUUAUUUCUCUACCAAACAUAAGGUACGUCAUGAAAAACGACGGGGACAAAGCCCAAAGCAAACACGGUGAACGGAAUGAGCAGCAGCACUGGGGGGAUCCGUGACAAUGAUGUACUAUUGCAAUAAUGUAAUACUAACUAUCAUGGCUCUCGACCUUGAACAGUGUUACAGUAUGUGGCAUUCUACACAUUAUUAACCAGUUUAUGUUUUUGACUAAUUUGUCUGUGCCUUUCUUUUUUCUAGAUUACUUAAAUAACCUCUCCCCUGAUUCUAAAGAAUAUGAGGAUACACAAGGUAUAGUCUUUUUUUCUGUAGUUUCUCCAAUAUACACCAACAAUUCAGUUGUUUCUUCAGCAGUCAAACACACACACACACACACACACACACACACAUACAGGCUGUUAGAUACAAUAUCAGAGGUUAGUUGUUCAGGCAGAAACAGAGCUGUGUAUACUCCCAGCAUAUUGAUGUGCAUUAACCCAUUCUGUUUCUUUCUCCAUUCACUGCUUCAGCUGCCUUAGUAAUUGUGUCAGAGGCGGCAGACCAGGCUAAUGACAAUCUCAAGCAAGGGGUAAGUCAGUGUGUAUGGGUGUUUCUGUAUUUAUUUCAGACUACUGUGUACAUUUGUUCAUGCAAGUGUUUACCAGAGGUGUACAUGACAGCUCAGAUUUCAGGUUUUCCCUGUGUAAAUCCUUCUUCAUUCUGGAUGACAACACUAUUGUGAGUGAAACCACGUCAAUGAUCUUGGAGACGCCUGUCUCUCUGCUCUCACUGGGCUCUGUUGUCUAUUGAUUAAUGAGAGGGUGAGGAAAGAUGAUGUCAUCAAAAGAUCCCAGGUGCAUCGUAACAAAGGGUGCAGUGUGAGAGAAGAAAUGACUUACAUUGUGAAGCAAACACACACCCUCACACAGAUCAUCCUAGAACAGAUAAACUCUCUCCUCUCUCACAUAAUCCUUACCAUCUCUCCCGUCUCUCACAUAAUCCUUACCACCUCUCCCUCUCUCACAUAAUCCUUACCAUCCUUUUCUCUCUCACAUAAUCCUUACCAUCUCUCCCCUCGCUCACAUAAUCCUUACUAUCUCUCCCCUCUCUCACAUAAUCCUUACCAUCUCUCCCCUCUGUCACAUAAUCCUUACCAUCUCUCUCCCUCUCUCACAUAAUCCUUACCAUCUCUUUCGUCUCUCACAUAAUCCUUACCAUCUCUCCCCUCUCUCACAUAAUCCAUACCAUCUCUCCCCUCUCUCACAUAAUCCUUACCAUCUCUCCCCUCUCUCACAUAAUCCUUACCAUCUCUCCCCUCUCUCACAUAAUCCUUACCAUCUCCUCCUUCUCUCCCCUCUCUCACAUAAUCCGUACCAUCUCUCUCCCGCUCUCACAUAAUCCGUACCUCUCCCAUCCUCCCCUAUCUCACCUAUCCUUACCAUCUCCCCCUCUCUCACAUAAUCCUUACCAUCCUCCUCCCCUCGCUCACAUAUCCCUUACCCAUCUCUCCCCUCGCUCACACCAUCCUUACCAUCUCUCCCCCCCUCUCUCACAUAAUCCUUACCAUCUCGCCCCUCUCCACAUAAUCCUUACCAUCUCUCUCCCCUCGCUCACAUAAUCCUUACCAUCUCCCCCUCUCUCACAUCAUCCUUACCAUCUCGCCCCCGCUCACAUAAUCCUACCAUCUCUCCCCUCUCUCACUACUCCUUACCAUCCUCUCCCCUCUCUCACAUAAUCCUUACCAUCUCUCCCCUCUCUCACAUUAUCCUUACCAUCUCUCCCCUCUCUCAUAUCAAUUUUUUUCUUUCCCCUUUCUCUUUAUCUCUCCCUCUCUUACUCAAACACACACUCACUCCCUCCACGGCUCCUCUUCACUAUCUCCUUCCUCUCCCGUCACACACACACACACACACACAGGAUCCCUCUAUCUCUUCCACUCCCAUUCAGUUUCCAGCAGCACAUCGCUUUCCGCCGCCCUCCUUCUCAUUCACAAACAAACAAGGAGAGUUUCUCUCUUUCUCCAUCUCUCACAGGAAAAUCACUCGUUCUCUCACUCUCCUAUCUUUGUCUCUCUCUCACCCUUUCUCUCUGACACACAGGAUAAUUUGAUUCGGCUGGUCCACAUUGAGUACAGCGUCAGAGGCAAGCGAGAUCUACUCAAGCCAGGAAGGGUGAGAUCAGUCUGCCUCUCUCUCCUCUCUAUCUCUGGACAUUGUUACUUUGUUCCACAAACAUAACGUAAACAGUGAAUAAUACCAAUCUCAGAUCGUGGCCUACUAGGAUUCCCACACAGGAACUAAAAGCCAAGUGAUACUACAGUAUAGGCAGCCCCUCUUGCUAACAUUGUCUCUGUUUCUCUGUGUGUUUACAGGUGUUUGUGAAGGAAGGCACCCUAAUGAAAGUGUCGAGGAAAAGCAGACAGCCCAGACACCUGUUUCUGGUAACUACUACCUGUCUAACUACUAUGCUGUUCUUGUAUCAUUAUAACUUUCACUAUCUAAUAUUUCAGUAUCACACAUGGUGGUUAUUCUGUUCAUAGAAGGGUGGGGUCUCAUCCAGGCUGGUAGAGGCAAUCAGAUAUAGAGGGAGACAGGGCAAGGCAGAGAGAGGCCUAGAGAGGCCGAAUGUAUUGAGAGGCAGGAGGACAAGGCUACAGGGCCCCACCACACCCAGCCAGGGGCCUCCCUCUCUCAGGGCUUGUUUUUGAGGGGCCUGCUUCCUCACAGGAUGUUUGGUGUGGGUUACUGGAUGCUGGCUUCCUGUGCAGGGAGGGGACUGACAGAGCUGUGAAGGCCAGACACUGUUGGACGGGGGACGGGGGGGGACGGGGGGGCAUAAAAACACAGUCUUAAGAAAGCAGAUGGGAGAAAGAAGAAAAUCAUCUCAACAAUUCAAGAAAGAGAUAUAGGAAUCAGAGAGAUGAUUGUCUCCAUGUCUCUCUCUCCAUGUGUCUCUCUAAACUGGGUUGUAUAUGAGUGAUGGUUGAGAGACUGAUGUGUGUGAGUAACUGGGUAGCUCCUCUGGGGUAGAUGGCUGGAGAGGGGCAGCAGGUGUAAUAUAUGGGCCUUUAAGGAAAGUGAGUCCAAACAAAGAGGAUGAAAGCCAUCACUCACUUAGUGAAACUGAGGAGCAGCGCUCAACAACCAUCAAGAUACUGUCAUGGCAACCAGAGGGGAGUCUUAAAGAGGAGAGAGCCGUGAGUGAAGGAAGGGAUUAGGGGAGGAUGGAGAAGAGAGGUACUGUCACAGGAGGGAAGAAACAGGUGAAGUACUUGAAGCAGAAGAGAGGAAGAGAAACGUGUUGGGAAAGGGAAUGUGUAGUAGUUGGGCAUCUAAUGCAUGGUCAAAAUGGAGUUUGUAGGUUGUACUUGGUACACAUCUCUUGCCUGGGGUCAGUUUGAGCAAUCUGUAUGUGGUGAGUUUGGGAUGUGUGCUGCUGAGAGUGAGUGUGUGAGCCUGAGGCAGGGUGGGGUAGGCCUGCAGUGUGAGCACCACUAGAGGUUACAGUCAGGACUGUAGGGUCACGUGCUGUUUUGUCCCUGCUGAGCUUGUGUUGUUGUUGUGGUGGCUGGUUCCAGAGCCUCCACCCAGACCAGGCAGGCUCUCAGAGCAGCUGGGAGCUGGAAGGGAACGGGCAGAGAAUUCCUGGAUGCUGCCUUAUGGGCCACGGAGGUUUAGAGCACACAUGACGUGUGACUAAUGAUGUCACCACUUUUGUCCCACUCUAAAUAAGGCCCUUCAACACAAUAGGCUGAAGUAUGUUCUGAGGAUUACAGUACGUUGGGUGUGAUAAGCAAAUAAACGUUGCUGCCUUAUUAUCAUGUAGCCUUUGUUGUGUGUUACAUGGGAAUGUCUGGUUUGAGGGGUAAACGUGUGAAUAAUAUGGAAAUCCAAAGCUGUUUUUGUGCGACUCAGGAGAUUCCCCAUGAAUUGCUAAAGCUUAUAGUGCCCCCCCCCUGUGGCAUCAGGGUUACACUAACCAGAUAUUUGAAUGAUAUAUACAUUUCAGGCUGGCAGUCAGGCUAUACAUGCACACAUUAAGCUAUGAUUGUAAUGAUCCCUCUAACCCUCUGUUUCUGUCUCCACCAGAUGAAUGACGUGAUGCUGUACACCUACCCUCAGCAGGAUGGUAAAUACAGGUUGAAGAACACUCUCUAUCUGUCUGGGAUGAAGGUGAGUCCCUCCCCCUCCCACAGAGAUGACCUUCCCUGACCCUUCACCCCUGACCUAUGGCUGUGUCAACACGUCUUGCUGUCUGUCUUGUCUGUCUGUUGGUCUGUCUUGUAUGUAUGUCUGUCUGUCUUGGUGUGUGUGUGUGUGUGCUCACUGUGUGCUGAAUGUGCUAUGCUGUGCUGUGUGUCCUGUUCUCCCAGGUCAGUAUACCUGUCAUAGACAACGUGCUUAAUGCACUGAGGAUCGAGGUGUCUGACAUCACCAUCACCUUGUCAGCCAGGUGAGUCAAAGCAGAGGACACCUGUCUGGGGCUUUGUACAAGGCUUGUCCAUUGGUUAGAUACAGUAUUUAUGUACAGUACCAGUCAAAAGUUUGGACACACCUACUCAUUCAAGGGUUUUUCUUUAUUUUUACUAUUUUCUACAUUGUAGAAUAAUAGUGAAGACAUCAAAACUAUGAAAUAACAAUUCCAAUAUGGAAUCAUGUAGUAACCAAAAAAGUGUUAAACAAAUCAAAAUAUAUUUUAUAUUUGAGAUUCUUCAAAGUAGCCACCCUUUGCCUUGAUGACAGCUUUGCACAUUCUUGGCAUUCUCUCAACCAGCUUCACCAGGAAUGCUUUUCCAACAGUCUUGAAGGAGUUCCCACAUAUGCUGAGCACUUGUUGGCUGCUUUUCCUUCACUCUGCAGUCCAACUCAUCCCAAACCAUCUCAACUGGGUUGAGGUCGGGUGAUUGUGGAGGCCAGGUCAUCUGAUGCAGCACUCCAUCACUCUCCUUAUUGGUCAAAUAGCCCAUACACAAACCAGAUGGGAUGGCGUAUCACUGCAGAAUGCUGUGGUAGCCUUGCUAGUUAGGUGUGUCUUGAAUUCUAAAUGAAUCACAGACAGUGUCACCUUUAAAGCACCAUCACACCUCCUCCUCCAUGGGAACCACACAUGCAGAGAUCAUCAUUUCUCAGAACUGUCAUUUCUCUUUGAUUAUUUGAGCUGUUCUUGCCAUAAUAUGGACUUGGUCUUUUACCAAAUAGGGCUAUCUUCUGUAUACCUUGUCACAACACAACUGAUUGGCUCAAACGCAUUAAGAAGGAAAGAAAUUCCACAAAUUAACUUUUAACAAGGCACACCUGUUCAUUGAAAUGCAUUCCAGGUGACUGCCUCAUGAAGCUGGUUGAGAGAAUGCCAAGAGUGUGCAAAGCUGUCAUCAAGGCAAAGGGUGGCUACUUUGAAGAAUCUCAAAUAUAAAAUAUAUUUUGAUUUGUGUAACACUUUUUGGGUUACUACAUGAUUCCAUAUGUGUUAUUUCAUAGUUUUGAUGUCUUCACUAUUAUUCUACAAUGUAGAAAAUAGUAAAAAAUAAAGAAAAACCCUUGAAUGAGUAGGUGUGUCCAAACUUUUGACUGGUACUGUAUACAUGUAUAAUUAUGUGUACAGCCUCAACACAUAUCUGUUUCUGUGUCUCUAGCUCCUGUGGAGAGAGGGAGGACUGGUUCCACACGCUGAGUCGGGCCAUAGCAGACCAUGCUGCAGGCCUUUGUACCUCUGGUGGCCCCUGCAGUGAGGUAAUGAGUUAACCCCUAAAUGACUCAGUAAAGGACAUACCAUUAAAGCUCACUUGUAUACAAUUGAACGUGUAAAAUGUAUAAAAUGCAAAUAAGGUUGUUAACGUUGUCGUAACAUUGUGGUAAAGUUGUUGUAUUGUUGUUGUACCAUUGUGGUGACGUUGUUGUAACAUUGUUGUGACAAUGUGG